CACAAGUCCCCGAUAUUCUCACGAGGUAACACUUUGGUUACAGGUCAUACGCUGUUCAAACCACGUCUUGACGACCAAGUACUACGAUUCACAAAAAUGACCAACAUUCUCCGUUUAUUUUCAAAACAUGCACGCUCAUUGUCUAAAAUUCCUACUCUAGCACUCAGGCGUUCUUUUCACUCGCCUUUCGUAGCGCUCAACUCCCCAUUAACAUCACCCGCUCCAAAUGCGUCGCCAAUGUCCGCAUCAUCCUACGAGAAACAGCAUGACCAUUCUCCUGAACCCCAAGUCUCGUCUGCUGGCACGCGCACUUACGUGGUCUCAGAGCCUGACCCAGCCAAUACCCCUUAUGCCGUGCCAUCUGGUGCAUAUCCCACUACAGCACCUUAUGUCAAUUUCAAACCCACAGACCCACCCAACCCCGAGGGGAAAUAUAGCUCUAGUAGCGCGAGCCUUCCCCAUUCUUUUACAACUCGCGCAGUUCCCAAAAAUGCAGCUGGCGUUGGUGAGAGUGCCGCAGUGAGAUAUGGAGAAUCACCCGGUGAAAUGGGUCGCAGAGGGGGAAGCUAUGGAGGGCUAGAUUUGAUGGAUGAAUCCAGCACACACAAGGGCCCCGCAGAACUUCCUGACAGAAAUCCGUCCCCUGAUUCGGACGUCGCCUUGCGUUGGUCUAAGUUAGGCGUUCAGGAGGCUUGGAAGGAGCGGAAAUAGAAUGUGGGGGCGUGCGGAGGAAUGUCGCCAUUCAGUCAGGCGAUCGAACACGGUAUCCAACUGCAUUGACUUUUAAUAAUCUUGGAAGCUGUACGAUAGUGUUAUAUAUGGUUCUGCUGCAAUGCGUUGUCUUGGAAUUUGUUUUGAAUGUAUAUUAUUGCGUUGUUGUCGGGCUCCGGAAUAUGAAUAGCUUGCGGAUUCCUUCGCUUCGAGGAGAUCUAUACUGUCGGGUUAUCAGAUAUCAGAUUUCGAACGUGC